CUUCAGCUGUUCUUGGUGAGGAAAGAAGAAGAGUGAGUCAAUUUUGGCCAGGAGAAUAAAGCGCAAUUGGCCGUGAUUUUCGCGAUAAAGAAAGCACUUGUCUGCAGCUGCUUGAAAGCAAUUAAUUCAUAAACCUAAAUCAUGGCCCUUCGCUUGACUCAAAGAUUGCUGCAGACGCAGACGCCGUUCCUCACUCGCGGAUACCCUUUGCUGGUGACCAAGGAGAAGACCGAGGAUGUGGCCCACACCAAAUCGGCGCUGCAAAAGAAGCUCACAGGCACUGAUAUUCCCUCGGCUCAGUACGGUGGACGCCAUGGAGUCACCAUGCUUCCAGGAGGUGGCAUCGGUCCGGAACUGAUGACCUACGUGCGCGAGAUUUUCCGUUACUGCGGCGCCCCCAUCGACUUCGAGGUGAUUGAUAUCGAUCCCUCAACUGAAGGCAACGACGACUUGGAGUACGCCAUCACUUCUAUCAAAAGAAACGGCGUGGCGCUCAAGGGCAACAUCGAGACCAAGUCCCAGAGCUUGACCGAAGUCUCCCGCAACGUGGCCAUCCGCAAUGAGCUUGAUCUCUACGUGAACGUGGUGCACUGCAAAUCGUAUCCUGGUAUUCCCGCACGCCACCAAAACAUUGAUAUUGUCCUCAUCCGCCAAAACACCGAUGGCGAGUACGCUAUGCUGGAGCAUGAGUCCGUCAAGGGAGUGGUGGAGAGCAUGAAGGUGGUCACCGUGGAGAACGCUGAGCGUGUGGCUCGGUAUGCCUUUGAAUACGCCCGCCAGAACAACCGCAAGAAGGUAACCACCAUUCAUAAGGCGAACAUCAUGAAGCUGUCCGAUGGUCUCUUCCUCGAAGUGGCGAACCGCGUUCACAAGGACUAUCCCGAGCUGGAGCACAACAACAUGAUUAUCGACAACACCUGCAUGCAGGCCGUGUCGAAUCCCCAUCAAUUCGAUGUGAUGAACAUGACCAACCUGUACGGCACCAUUGUGUCCAACGUCAUCUGUGGUCUGAUCGGCGGAGCCGGUCUCAUUUCAGGAAGGAAUUACGGUGAUCAUUACGCCAUCUUCGAGCCAGGCACCCGAAACACAGGCACCGCCAUCGCUGGAAAGAACAUCGCCAAUCCCGUAGCCAUGAUCAGCGCCAGUAUCGACAUGCUGAACCAUCUUGGCCACAAGGAGCACGCCAAGGUUAUUCAAGAUGCCACCUACCAGACCAUCGUCGAAGAUGCCAUUCGUACACCUGAUCUGGGCGGUAACCACUCCAGCACUGAUGUUGUUGAGAACAUACUCAAAAUCCUGAGUGCCAAGCGCGUGAAUUGGCCACAUGGAAAUUAUUUUAGCCAAUUUUAGGCAAUAUCGUACAAGAAUAAACACUCAACCAACCGCUAACAAAACUCAGCAAGAUAAACCAAAUCGAACUAAGCAUAAUACCAAACCAAUCAAAAUUAUAUUAACCCCACAACUAAGCCAAUUUGAGAAAUCUUGUUCCCCAAGCCAAUGCAUUCAGCGUUAAUGUGAUGCCCCGAAAGAAUCGGUUUAAUAAAGUUGAGGUCGAAUUAUUCCGCUGAUUAACCAAAUCCAAUAAUAUCCCGGCUAUAUGUCCAUUGUGUGUUCGUUCGAUGUCAAAGUGUGAUAA